AUGCUCCACACAAACAACCCAACAGAGCUCCAAAGCCCCACAGCACUCCAAGGUGCGAAGCACUCGGUUCCUGGUGAAGGUCUAGGGCGAACAAAGGCAGCGGGAGGACUGAGAGGGAGGCAGGAAUCGCAAAAGGUCUGCGCACGAAUUGACACCUACACCGUGAUGGAGGGAGAUGUAGGCUCGGGUUCCGCAAGUCCUGACAAAUGGGGUUUGGCCGUGGCGACGGGAGACGCGACCAAGCUAGCCGAGCUUGUGCUGGUUUGGUCCGGUUCAAGGCCCGAGGCGGCUCUGUCUCUUCUCAGGGAAUGCGUCUUAUUGUUGGAGGAGGAGGCUGCGUUUUCAGUUCCAGAUUCUUCUCCCCUUCAAUCGCCCUCUUGCACCCUUGGACCCACGCGCAGCUCGUGCUUGAAGACCCUCACGGUUGCUUUGAACGAGACAUGCGACGGGAAGAGUUGGUACACGUCCACCAAAGAGCUGCAGCUGGCAUCCUUGGAGCUCUGCAUGGCGUGCAGACACUAUCAGACAUUGCACUUGACAGUCGACGCACACACACCACGCAGGCUGCUCGCUGCUGCGGAUGCCCCCUCCCCGCAUCCGAAGCGGCUGUGUGGGACACGCGUGCCGCGGCUGAGAGCGCGUCGCGCAACGUGGAACGUCCCGACAGCAUCGGGAAUGAGAACCUCGAUCUUUGCAACUAUGGACGUGGACUACUUGGAGUUCGGCCAAGCCUUUCACGGAAGCCUUGACGCUAUUGUAUGGCCACGACGGCUGAAAACGAUUGAGUUUCGACAGUCGUCGCCGCUCAACCGGCUGCUUGACGGCGUUUCAUGGCCAGCUUCGCUUAGGAAAGUCUGCUUAGGACACGAUUUCAACCAACCCAUUGAGAGAAUGUCUUGGCCAGAUUCAUUGCAGGAGCUCAACUUUCGAGGGAAAUUCAACCAGCCCAUUGAAGGCGUGUCAUGGCCAGAUUCGUUACAGAAGCUCACGUUCAGCUUUUGUUUCAACCAGCCCAUUGAGGGCGCAUCGUGGCCAGAUUCAUUGCAGGAAAUAAAAUUUGGACAUGAAUUCAACCAGGUCAUUGAAGGGACAUCAUGGCCAGAUUCGCUGCAGGAACUCAAGUUUGGACACGGCUUCGACCAGCCCAUUGUGCGAAGUACAUGGCCAGAUUCGCUCCGGAGGCUGCGUUUCGGAGGCCAAUUUGACCAGAACAUUGUCGAAGUUACGUGGUCAUCUUCACUUCUGAGGCUGUCUUUCGGAACAAAUUUCAACCAGCCUGUCGAGAGGGUGUCAUGGCCAGAUUCAUUACGCGAGCUCCGCUUUGGAGCGAAAUUCAACCAGGCAAUUGAGGGAGUGUCAUGGCCGAAUGGAUUGCAGCAGCUGAGCUUCGGAUGGCGAUUCGACCAGCCUGUUCAGGGCGUGUCAUGGCCGGAUUCACUUCAGGAGCUGAGUUUCGGACAUGAGUUUAAUCAGCUCAUUGACGGGGCAUCAUGGCCAGAUUCGUUGCGGAAGCUCAGUUUUGGAUCGCGAUUCAACCUGCCCAUCCAGGGGGUUUCAUGGCCAGAUGCGCUGCAGAAUCUGAGUUUCGGCGAUCAAUUUAACCAACCGAUCGAGGAAGUCUGUUGGCCGGCGUCGCUUCGCUAUCUUAUGAUCGGGCGUGGAUUCAAGCAGGGUACCACAGGAGUGAAGUGGCCUCCCGGGUUUGAAAGCUUGAAGUGUGCACGAUCCAUGCGGUGACACUGACAUGCGUUGGGUCACAUAUUAAAGGUACUUGUAUGCGUUGCUUUCUGCCCGUGCAACAAACCGUGCUUUCUUGAUUGCGUGCUCGCAUGGUCGGCGUGGAUCCCGAAAUUGUUGAUGUUCUCUGGCGCAGCGCGUGGUACGGUGUUGGCUCCGUCCCAACAGCCGUUUACAACGCGGUGGUGCGUUUGACUUGCACUGUUCGUAAUAACUUGUAGACGUGGCUCCGUGAGUACCGGACCAAUCCAAGCGAUGGCGUGUGCUCAAGUUGGAACGGGUAGAGAAGUUGUUUUAACUCCGCUCAAUAUUGCAGGACAUGAGGGGCACCAAUGUGAACGGAUAAUGCAGGCCAUCAGAAUGUGUUUGAAAAUUCGUCAAUCUUCAUGUGGUUUUCGUGGGUGCAAACCGUACGCAUUGGAGUGUCGUGAGAGCGCAUUAGAGAACAGGAGCAUAGCGCGAGGGCUGUUUUCAGAACUGGUGACGUUGGAGGCCCAGUUUUGGUUCUCUGGUUGGCAAUGCACAGAGCUUGCCACGAACACGUUGGAAACGAUCUCUGCGCUCUACAUCCAUUGUUUGGUCAUUUGCAUCUACACAAUACCACCCUCUCUGCACCGAAAGGGCUCUAUUGCUGUUGUCUCCGCCCCCGGGAACAUGGAGCAUCGGUUGGUCCCUGCCAUAGCAUUUGGCCGUUUCCAACUAAACACUUCCCUACACAGUGGAUGGUUUACCACGGAGAGGACAUACUGUACGGUGUAGCGUGUAGUCACUUCCUUAACACAGCGGACCGUUUCAUGGAAGGCGCACAUCAGACAGGAUCUCGGGCUUGUGCGCCAGCUCUGCUGCAUGGUGAUAUGGUUGGAUUGUACGAUGCGCUGUGGGCUACCGAUCCGAAACAUGCCAGCCUUUCACACCCAUCCUGUCUCUGCCUUGAACGAACCUGAAUUUUGUAAAAAGCAAAGAGUGCAUUACUGUAGAUUGGAUGAACCGUCCUGCGGCGGCCCGUCAUCCCGCCGACUUCGGCCGAUCAAUGGUUUCAUCUUCGACUUGCACAAUUUUCCUGUUGUGACCCUUCAGAAAUCGAGUCACGCCAACUUUCACACCCAGGCGGGAAAAUCGAAUCAGCUGGUUACGAAUGGUAACGUGCCGACCUCGCUCGGUGAAAAGCGAUUUGGUUGGCUGCGACACGCACGCCUACACACGUGCAGGAGAAAAUGAGAGUGGGGGCUUCCUGAAUUCAAUGAGGUAUUGUACGGCCGUUGGCAGAACAGUCGCUAGCGCUUCACCGGAGACCUGAAAUCGACAAAUCUCGGUCAACCUACAGUAGAAGGGGGUUGGCGCUGUUGGCAACGCGCUGUAAAACACGCCACCCCAAAUAUAGCCCCCAUAGUAUGCGCUACCAAAGACGCGUGACGCAUGGAUGCGUGGAGUGAGGAUUGCUUACGAAAACCUCACAGGUUGAGUGAUGUAGGAGAUUGCCGGACACAUAGACGUGUUGAGUGAUUAUAGCUGUAUACUGAAACCCCACGGAAAGGGGAGGUUUGAGAUUGCCAGACACAUAGACGGGUUGCGUGGGGAUAGCUGCUGGAACCCCACGGGUUGAGUGAUGUUGGAGUGCCGGACACAUAGACGCGUUGAAUGAGGAU